UAUCAACAUAAUUGAGAGCCCCUCUGAGUAUAUUUUUCUGUCAAUAAAAACAGAAUUUAUUUAAUUAAAGCAUAAUGAACGUAAUUAAGUCAGUGCAACUUUAUAUUGACAAGAUGAUUGAAGAAGCUGGAGUUGGUAUGAAGAUCCUGCUGAUGGAUAGAGAGACUACAUCCAUAGUGUCAAUGGCAUUUUCACAAACUGAAAUGCUUCAGAAGGAAGUCUACCUCUUUGAACGUAUCGAUUCUGGAAGAUCCAAUGAAAGAUUAAAGUAUUUAAAAUGCAUCGUCUUUAUUCGUCCAACAAGAGAAAAUAUCUUGAGAUUAUCAAAUGAAUUAAAAUCACCAAAAUACGGAUCAUAUUUUAUCUACUUUAGUAACGUAAUCCCUAGAACUGACAUUAAAACACUAGCAGAAUGUGACGAGAGUGAAUCAGUUAGAGAAGUUAAAGAAGUUUAUGCUGAUUUUCUUAGCAUUAAUGCAAAUUUGUUCUCAUUAAACAUCCCAACUUGUCUUCAUGCCUUGAAUUGGUAUCAAGAUGCUCUAGACAGAAGUGUCAGCGGGAUUAUUGGAGUACUAUUGUCAUUAAAAAUUCGACCAGCAAUUCGCUUUAAAAACGGAAGUAAUGUAGCACAGCAGUUGGCUAAGAAAAUAUUCGAUACAAUGAAUAAGGAAAGCUCAUUAUUCAGCUUUAGACCACCAGAAAAUGGCGAUGCACCACCAUUACUCCUUAUUCUUGACAGACGAGAUGAUCCAGUUACUCCAUUAUUAACGCAAUGGACAUAUCAAGCAAUGGUCCAUCAACUUUUAACGAUUAAAAAUAAUCGUGUAGAUUUAUCAUCAGUUGUUGGAGUUCCAUCUGAGUUAAAGGAAGUUGUAUUGUCAGCAGAACAGGAUGAAUUUUAUGAGAAGAAUUUAAACUCUAAUUUUGGAGAAAUUGCCACAACAAUUCGUGAUCUUAUCGAGUCAUUCCAGUUGAAAGCAAAGGAACAGAAGAAAAUUGAGACAAUUCAAGACAUGAAGAACUUUGUCGAGACUUAUCCACAGUUUAAAAAAAUGUCAGGAACAGUCAAUAAACAUUUAGUCGUUAUCAGUGAAUUGUCGAUGCAAAUUAGUAAGAAAGCGCUACUUGAAUUAUCAGAAUUGGAACAAGAUAUGGUCUGUAGAGCUGAUCAUUCAGCACAGCUACAAAAAGUCAAGAAACUUGUUGCUGAAGAACGAAUUAAUAUUGACGAUGCUUUACGCUUAAUUCUCCUUUAUUCAAUGAGAUAUGAGAGACAUGCAAAUUGCGGAACUGUUGGCUUAUUAAAUGCCCUAAAAGCACGUAAUGGACGAACUCAUUUAGUGCCUAAAAUGCUUGAAUACAUAAGCCAAUAUGCAAGAACUGAAUUAUUUAGUACAGUAAAGAUCACUGACGCUGUAAAAUUGACAAGGCAGUUAAUUAAGGGAAUGAAAGGUGUUGAGAAUGUCUAUACACAGCAUGUCUGUGUAUUGAAAGAGAUUUUAGAAGAAAUAUUUAAAGGACGAUCUAUAGACCAACAUUAUCCAUUUAUUAAUGAUGUUCCAGCUUACAGAAGACCACCAAAAGAAAUUGUGGCUUUCAUUAUUGGAGGUGCUACAUACGAAGAAGCAAUGGCUGUCCAUCAACUCAAUCAAAUGGGAUAUCGAGUGAUUUUGGGUGGAACUACGAUUCAUAAUUCUGAAAGUUUCCUUGACGAAGUCAUUGCUGCCACAAAUGGAGCUCCAUUUAAACAUUCAAGAUCUCUUCAAGCAUUCCACAGUGCAUCAAAUGCUUAAAUUAUUU